AUGGUCAAGAACGCCCCUGUUCCUGAUGCCUGGGAGGACGAUGACUGGGAGUCAGCAGCCGACAAACUGGAUGGCGGGGCACCAUUGCAGCCUGAGCCUGAGCCGCAAGCACCGAUGAGCAAAGCAGAGCGCCUUGCCCAGCACGCCGAGUCGAAUCGCAAGCUCUGGGAAUCAGCUGAUUCCCCCACGCCUCUAACCUUCCUCGAAGCCCAACCCUCGGUGCCCCUCGCCACGGGCUUCAAGCCCCAGGUCAAGGUUCUCAGCCGUAAGCCUGCGCCCCGGACCAUCGCUCGCCGCGACCCCGUCACCGGCCUGCUCUCUCACCUCUCACUCGCCGACGACGACGCCGACGACCAGCGCGCCGACGCGAAGCCCCAGCUCACCCCCGAGGAGAUCCGUGCCAAGCAGCAGCGCGAACUCGAGGAGAAGCAGCGGCGUUAUGAGGAGGCACGUGCCAAGAUCUUUGGCGAGUCGAACCCCUCGUCUGGUGCGUCGAGCCCCGGGACGACGACCCCGCCCAGAGGUGGCGAGAACGAGAGAGGAGGAGGGGGGCGCGGCCGCGGUAGGGGACGCGGUCGUGGCGGCGGACACCGAGGAAACCACUCGAGUCGACAAGAGGACUAUAGACGGCCCGGCAGCAGUAGAUCCGACGCCGUUCGUUCCGAGAGCGGCCGUGAGCUCUACGACCCCGGCUACGCGCCCCGGGGGGGCGGCUUCGGGUUGCAGAAGCGAGGGGGCGACUCCGGUCCACAUUCUGGCCGGUCAACACCGAGGGACGAGGACCCGCCCAAACAGGCCAUGCGAGCGCCACGUGGACCGGAUGGGAGUGGAAGAGGUUUCGGCUUCGCCAAACGAGGCACCAAUGAGGGCUGA